AUGGGUUUAAUGGAACUUGAAAUAUUUGAUGAAGUACGGCGGAUGAACAUCCGCCAACUUCUCUAUCAGGGACUCAACUUCGCUAUGAUUGUAUCGUCAGCGUUAAUGAUUUGGAAGGGGCUCAUGGUAGUAACUGGUUCAGAAAGUCCAAUUGUUGUUGUUUUAUCAGGUUCAAUGGAGCCUGCAUUUUUCCGGCAAACGUGUACAAUUAUUGUAUUAUUGAAUUUACCAAGUUUCCUAUCGUUUAGUGGUGAUUUACUGCUUCUAACAAAUGAUCAUUCGGAUCCCAUUCGUACCGGUGAUAUUACCGUCUUCAAAAUUGACGGUCGAGAUAUUCCAAUUGUUCAUCGCGUAAUUAAAGUUCAUGAAAAAACUAACGAAGAUACAAAAUUCUUGACAAAAGGCGAUAACAACCAGGUUGAUGAUCGGGGUCUAUAUGCUCAAGGUCAGUUCUGGCUAACACGAAAGGAUGUUGUAGGACGAGCCAAAGGAUUUGUUCCAUAUGUUGGGAUGGUCACAAUUUUGAUGAAUGAUUAUCCAAAGCUUAAGUAUGCUUUACUGGCCGCUUUAGGGGCUUUUGUUUUGUUGCACAGGGAAUAG